AUGCCGGCGCUCCAAAAUAUCAAAGAAAUCGAGUUGGAGAGCAACGAGGACGUCUACGAGCAGUUGUUCAUACAGUAUCUGGAUAUUAAUUGCGGGAUUGAGGACUGCGAUACAGUAUACAAGGAGCACAUUCUGGAUGGAUGCAGUUUUCGUAAAUGGCAUGGAGAUGAUUGUGAGCAUGCGGCGAAGAAGGCGAUGAAGAAGUAUUGCAAGGGAGGUGCGGCGAACAAACCAACCAUCUGCGAGGAAUUCGGUGGUGCAUCGUCGCCCAACAACUCUACCGACACGGGAGCUGAAACAACAACCACUGCCGCGUCUUCAAACGGUGUUCUAGUGGCUGUACUGAUUUUUGGUGUCAUUUUCAUCUGCAUCUCCGGUGCAAUCUUCUUUUACUGUCGUAAGAAGAAAAAGAACGCCAAGAAAAAUGAUAUGGAAUCGGGAUCUGCGGCGAGCAAUUCUCAAAUGACACCAAAAUCCACGAAUAAGAAGACAACUGUUGCCACCACCGGAAAGAGCGCAACGACCAAGCCGGGUACUACUGUAGCCACUAAGACUACUGUAACCAAACCGAAGAAUGAGAAAAAGAAGAAGGCGAAGAAGGGAGGCGCAACCAGUUCUACUGGGUAUUAA